CCACCACCACCCCCUCCGCCCGGAGAGCAUUAUUGAUCUGAAGGGUAAAUGUGGAGGGAGCCACAGAGAGGGUCCAAGCGUUUCUGAGAAGAGAAGCUGCCUCUUCCAGGAACAAAGUGGUGUCUGCUGGCUGCCUGGCCUGGGAACCUUCUGUGAAUUAAAGGGGACAAAAAUGCACGUUCGUGGUUUGCUACAGUGAUUUAGAAGAGGGAAGAGAGAGAGAGAGGCAGAGGGAGAAGUCGCACCUUGGAGCAAGGCUGCGUUGUUGCAUCCCGCGGCUGCUCUUCCCGGGGCUGUUCCUGCAGCUGCGUCUGCUCUCAGCCAUCAGCUCAGUUACCUGACUGGUCCAUUUUCUGGGGACUGUAAUCAAGUUGGAACUCAAUAGAAGUCUGGAGUACUGAGAGGAUGGUAGCCUUUUUAAAGGUAAAUGAGUCUGGGAGACAGAUAGCUAACCAGGAAGCCGUCAGUCUUCAAUGCCCAGAUGUAGCAUAAAAGAAACGGACAUUAGCUGAAGCUCACAGUAAUCUCAGAGGAUCUUUACAGACAGCGAGGAGCUUGGCAUAAACAGAGGCAAAGGAGUACAGCGCGCUGCCACUCUGUGGGUGUUGAUUGAAAACUUCGAUCUCCCCACUGUUUCACGGUUGAUCUGAAGGAUUUCUCACUUGAUCACGGAGAGUAUUUCAAUUAAGGUUUCUUUAGAUGGAAUGUAAUAAAGCAGAGGCCUCCAGAGCAUCAAUGUGUGAAUUACUAUCUCUUCAUUAAAACGGAAAUCUCAGUGGUCACAGCCACAGACAUCUCAACCCUGGAUCCCACGACUCUACAUUAAGUACUGGAGUAUUUAUUACUCUACUGUGGGAGAAAGCCUUUGCCAAUGCUUACAAGGAACUCUUUAUGUCUGCUUCUCUGGAUCCUGUUUGAUGGAGGUCUCCUAACACCACUUCAGUCACAGCCACAACAGACUUUAGCCACACAACCAAAAGAAAAUGUUAUCCACCUUCAGGGGAGACGAACCCAUUUCCAACGGGUUAAACGUGGCUGGGUAUGGAAUCAGUUUUUUGUGCUGGAAGAAUACAUGGGCUCUGAACCUCAAUAUGUGGGAAAGCUGCAUUCUGACUUGGACAAAGGAGAGGGCACUGUUAAAUACACGCUCUCUGGAGAUGGUGCUGGCACUGUGUUUACAAUUGAUGAAACUACAGGAGACAUCCAUGCAAUAAGAAGUCUGGACAGAGAAGAGAAGCCCUUCUACACACUCCGUGCUCAGGCAGUGGACAUAGAAACAAGGAAGCCCUUGGAGCCUGAAUCCGAGUUCAUCAUUAAAGUGCAGGAUAUUAAUGAUAAUGAACCAAAGUUUCUGGAUGGACCUUAUGUUGCUAGUGUUCCAGAAAUGUCUCCUGUGGGUGCCUACGUGCUCCAGGUCAAGGCCACCGAUGCAGAUGACCCCACCUAUGGGAACAGUGCCAGAGUUGUCUACAGCAUUCUUCAGGGUCAACCUUAUUUCUCCAUUGAUCCCAAGACAGGUGUCAUUAGAACAGCAUUGCCAAACAUGGACAGAGAAGUCAAAGAGCAGUACCAGGUCCUCAUUCAAGCGAAGGACAUGGGUGGACAACUCGGUGGCCUUGCUGGAACAACAAUUGUCAAUAUUACCCUCACUGACGUCAAUGACAACCCACCUCGAUUCCCAAAAAGCAUCUUCCACCUGAAAGUCCCCGAGUCUUCUCCUAUUGGCUCAGCAAUUGGACGGAUAAGAGCAGUAGAUCCAGAUUUUGGGAAAAAUGCAGAAAUUGAAUACAACAUUGUCCCAGGAGAUGGGGGAAAUUUGUUUGACAUUGUCACAGAUGAGGAUACACAAGAAGGAAUCAUCAAAUUGAAAAAGCCUCUGGAUUUUGAAACGAAGAAGGCAUAUACUUUCAAAGUAGAGGCCUCCAACCUUCACCUUGACCACCGCUUUCACUCCGCUGGCCCCUUUAAAGACACUGCGACGGUAAAGAUCAGCGUGCUGGAUGUGGACGAGCCUCCCGUGUUCAGCAAGCCACUUUACACCAUGGAGGUUUAUGAAGACACUCCUGUGGGGACCAUCAUUGGGGCUGUCACAGCCCAAGACCUCGAUGUGGGCAGUAGUGCGGUUAGGUACUUCAUAGAUUGGAAGAGUGAUGGGGACAGCUACUUUACAAUAGACGGAACUGAAGGAACCAUCGCCACGAAUGAAUUACUAGACAGAGAGAGCACUGCACAGUAUAAUUUCUCCAUAAUUGCAAGUAAAGUUAGUAACCCAUUAUUAACCAGCAAAGUCAACAUACUGAUUAAUGUCCUAGAUGUCAAUGAAUUUCCUCCAGAAAUAUCUGUGCCCUAUGAGACAGCUGUAUGUGAAAAUGCCAAACCAGGCCAGAUAAUUCAGAUAGUAAGUGCUGCAGACCGAGAUCUUUCACCUGCUGGGCAACAAUUCUCCUUUAGAUUAUCACCAGAGGCUGCCAUCAAACCAAAUUUUACAGUUCAUGACUUCAGAAACAACACAGCUGGAAUUGAAACCCGGAGAAAUGGAUACAGCCGCAGGCAGCAAGAGUUAUACUUACUUCCUGUAGUAAUAGAAGACAGCAGUUACCCGGUCCAGAGCAGCACGAACACAAUGACUAUUCGUGUUUGCAGAUGUGACUCUGAUGGGACCAUCCUGUCUUGUAAUGUGGAAGCAAUUUUUCUACCUGUGGGACUCAGCACCGGAGCUCUGAUUGCAAUACUACUGUGCAUUGUUAUACUCUUAGCUAUAGUUGUGCUGUAUGUGGCAUUGAGAAGGCAGAGGAAGAAAGACACCUUGAUGACGUCUAAGGAAGACAUCAGAGACAAUGUCAUCCAUUACGAUGAUGAAGGAGGUGGGGAGGAAGACACCCAGGCUUUUGACAUUGGGGCUCUGAGAAAUCCUAAAGUGAUCGAAGAGAACAAAACUCGCAGGGAUAUAAAACCAGACUCCCUCUGUUUACCUCGUCAGAGACCACACGUGGAAGAUAACACAGACAUAAGGGAUUUUAUUCACCAAAGGCUACAGGAAAAUGAUGCCGACCCAGCUGCCCCACCAUACGAUUCCUUGGCCACUUACGCAUAUGAGGGCAAUGGGUCAGUGGCAGAGUCACUCAGCUCCAUAGACUCUCUCACCACGGAAGCCGACCAGGACUAUGAUUAUCUCACAGACUGGGGGCCCCGCUUUAAAGUCUUGGCAGAUAUGUUUGGAGAAGAAGAGAGUCACAAUCCUGAUAAUGUCACCUAGGGGAGAAGAAAAGGUUGAUGAUACACAUGUAGAGAAGAAAAAAUUAACAAAAGUAACAGAAAUAACACACACACACACACACACACAGACAUACACACACACACACACACACACACACACACACACACACACACACACACACACAUACACACACAGGCACACAUGCACACACGAGGCUCCCGGGUUCUACAAGACGAGAUUCCUUUCAUUUUCCAGUUUCUAGCCAUUUGUUCUAUUUAUCAUAUUGUCAUUUUGGGUUAUUCUGCUGACACAAGAUAAAUCCUGUAAUAUGUACUUGCUUUGUUUUGUUCUGUUAUUUCAGGAACACACUGAGCCAAGCUCAGGCCUAUUAAAUACAGUUCACUGACAUGACAACCGAGAAUGAAGAUCGCUCUGUGGCAUCACGGUGGAAGAGUGUGAGAUUUUUCUUAAUUCCACUAAAGUGCCUAUUGAAACUCUUAUCAUUUAAAGUGGUGUACACAACACUCUGCUGUGAUGGCUUGGCAGGAUUCCGAGAUAAAGAGGAACGAAGCAGACAGUGUCUCUGUGUCAAGGAGCAAUUGUGACCCGCUGACUCUUAUUCCUCUCAAGAACAAAGAAUAAUACUUCCCAAACUCCAUCUUUUUAGAAGAGAAGCUUUUUCUUUUGUGAAUUGUAAACCGAAAAGUAUUUGUUUUUCCUAGUCUUUCAGAAACUGGAAUAAAUGAGACAUUAUGAAAUUCAAUAUGUAAGUCCUGAAUUCUAAAAGCAAUGCUUAAAUCAUAAUUUAGUUCAUGUAAAAAAUGUUAAUUAAGCUGUUUGCUUUUCCAAAAACUAAAAUUAUAUACGGGAAAUAAAAAGGAUCCCUCUUUAUAAAGAGACACAUCAGGGCUCAAAUUCCAGCUUCAAAUAAACAUUGGUUUGUUUAAUUCUAUGCCGGUAUGUGGAAACUGGUUUUAAAAAGUCAACAAAUCAUUUAAGCUUUCCGUCAAAGAAAAAGUUUCACAUGUGUUUCUACUGAAAUUUCUGAAAGGAAAAUAUACAACUAAUUUAAACAUGAGAAAAACUCAACAUUCAGAUUCUUAGCGUUUCUGUCAGUGAUACUUUGAUGAAUGAUGCAAACGAAAUACAUAUCAAAUAGUGUGAUUUAUAACAAGUAUGAACAUUUAUUCUGUACUACUGAACAAAUAAAGUCAGGGACUUCAGAAAAUAAAACCAAUGACUAAAUCCCAAAGGGAGCAAAAUGGAUACCAGGCAGCUGAUUCACUUGUUCUAGUGAAGCUGAUUUUUAACUUUGUCAACUCAGUUAUUAUUGGCUCAGAAUCACCUCUUCACUAUCUCAUUUACCAAAAUACUAAUGGAAAUUACUCAUCCUUAUUCUUUGUAUAGAACUUUUCCAGUUUGUGCAAAUGUCUGAGAAAUGGUAGAAUUUAUGACUACAUUAGUGAGCAUGGCUCCAAUCAAUUCAACAUGGGUUAUAUAUUAUUCAGAAAUUCACAAGAUACGACAAGUGCAAACUGACCAUAAAGUAACAACUAUUCUUAACAAUGGUAUUUGUAACAACUAACUUCUACCUAUAACAUAUGUAGGGAAAAAUUAAAGUUACUUCAAGAGCCAUGUAUAAGAUAUGGCUAGUAUCUAAUUUUGUUUUAAAAUACCAGUGAACAUAAUUAUCAUUUGUGGGGAUAUGAAGAUGAAAGUUCACACUGUGGAAUCUUAGAAAUUAAAUAAUGGACAAAUUAAUUUCAGUAUAUUCUCUAAUUCAUAUUUUUAAUUUUUCAUGGUGUAGGGAUAUGCCCAUUUGUUUCUCUGUUUACCACAUCUUUAGACUCACUUUAUUCCUUUUGCAAUGGGAUUUAAUUUUUUUCAGUCAGCAUACUAUGUAAUAAAUAAAUAUUUUCAGUAUUUCACAAUUGAGAAAACUAACUGUCUUAUAGGUCUUAUAAUUACAUUACCACACUAGAGAAGAAAAAACUAAUGUAACUUACUUCUUAUUUCUCUAUGUAUGGAGAUUGUCUUCUUGAAGAAGGUUAAUAUGCAAGACCACAUCCUAUUAAUACAUGAUUCUUAUUAAAGCUUAUUGCAUUUAGUAUUUUCAUAGAAAAUAUAACUGCCUUUUCAUAAAUUUGCUGAGCAGAAGCCAUGAUGACAUGAAGAUCUGAGAGACAGAUUGUUUUAAACCACAUGACUAAGAAGAUAUGAAAACAUGCCAUAUGUAGCUCUUGGUUUUCAUCACACAUGAAGCUCCAAACAUCUUUGUCAUUUCCUGCAUUACUUCAUUAGCUUUCUAGGCUGAUCCUAACAAGUUAUCACAAAGAAAGUGUCUUUAAACAAUAAAGUUUAUUUUUUCAGAUCUGACAGAAGAUUUCCUCUCAGCAUCUUCUCCUGUUCUUGGAGUAAUCCUUUUCUCUUUUCUUUUCUUUUCUUUUCUUUCUUCUCUUCUCUUUUCCUUUCUUUCCACUGUGGUCUGAUCUUUGUGCUUGUUUUUUUUUUCUCUUUUAAUAAGGGCAACUUUCUUAUUAGAACAGCAGCAUCUACCCACAGGACCUCUUUUUACCUUGUUAACCUUCUUAAAGGCCUUAUCAUCAUCUUAUCACAGUCUAAGGAAUUUGGGUUGAUACUUCAGUAUAUGGAUCCAUCCAAUCGCAAUCUGAAGUUAUUAACAAUAAUUACUUUCUAAAUAGCAUUCAAUUUACAACAACCAGUGGAUGGAACAUAAAAAUCAGCUUAGAAUUAAUGAUCAAAGUAAUAUAUGAUGAGGAAAAGAGAUCCCUUGGUGCUUACAAUUAGAGGGAUUACGCUAUCUUUUAGAUUAAUGAAAGUACUAAGCCUAAUAUUUCAAUAUCUGUAAUACCUUGGGAUGUUUUUUAUUCAUGCAAAUAGGUUUUGACUUUCAUUCAAGCAUUAAGCAAUAUAAAAUGUUAAAAUUUUAUAUGAAUGGUUUUAGCUAUAAACAAUUAAAACACAAUUUUGUUAUUGGCUUGCAUGUCUACCUUUAUAGAUUUACAUAUGUACAUAUAUAAAACGUAUGUGUUGCCUUCAGUGCUAUUCAAAGAUGUGUACAAUCAACAUAUAAAAGUGAAGCAGUGUUAUUGAUGUAAUAGAAACCAAUCUGCGUGCUUUGAACCAUAUUCACUCUAUAGACUCAAAAUGUUCUAUGGAUCAAAUUCCUUGGCCUCCAGUGUUUUAUUCUUUUUAGUAAAACUAAUUUGCUAUAUUUAGUGUCAUGUACAAUUAAUCUGAAGUUUUCUUAUCCUUAAAUUAUAGUAAUGACUGUAUGAAACAUAGCCAAUAAUUUACCUACAGACUAAGAUAAUUUGAAGACUCAUGGAUAUUUGAAACCAUUUACAUGAAAAUAAUUUGGAUCAUAUAGGGACUUGACUGAUCAGUCAUCAAAAUUCAUUAGUUCUAAUUCAGAGAACCAUACAAUUAUUCUUUAUGGAUAUAUAUGAAAACUAUUCAGUGAAAUCAAAAUGUAGAAGAAUGUACAAGAGGAGAGAAAAAUAUCAUAUCCUAAUGAUAACCCAGAUAUUGAGGAAGGGAUAUUCUCUUUCCUUAAAAAUCAUGCAAAAAUGUCAGUACCAUUAGGAAAUCUGAGGUUGUUAUGUGAUACCAUGAUAGAGUAGGAGAUUUACACAAGCCCUGGGUUCCACUCUAAGAACCACAAAUGCAGUGAAAAAAGAAAAAUGAUAACAACAUCAAUAAUCAUAACUUAAAAACAAAUGUAAAUAUGAAAACAUUGUAUUUUAGUGGAUCCCUGAUUAAGUGCAUUCCUAAAAACGGUGGUGGUUUAACUUAGUGUUAUGUUACUAGUCAAAAGACUGAUUAUGAAAGAGGAUUGGCUUACAUAAGGUCCUUUGCUUAAUAACUUUCCCGUUGUCCUCUAAAAAAGUGGUAGUUUGGUUAGCUCUCUAAAACUUAUUUGGAUCCAUUAUUUCCUUGUGUUAAAAAGUGGUUUGGGGGGAGGAGAAAUUGCUCAAUAUAAAGAGAACUUGCUGCUCUUCAGGAGGACCUGGGUUCAGUUCCCAGCAGUGUCUUGGGAUGCUACAUGACUGUCAACUAACUUCCUUACCCAGAAAAUUUGAUACUCACUUCUGGAAUUAAAUAUACCUGCAUACACACAUGCAGUUACCUGUAAAGGAAUACACGCAUAUGCACAUGAUUAAAAUAAAACACAUUUAUUUGGAAAGGCUAUUUUGUCUCAUAUUCUAUCAUCAGCUCACUAGGUGAAACAGAAGGAUGCAUGUACCCAUUCUAGAUCAAAUAAGAUACGGUGUUUUGUAUGAGGCUAUUCAUCAUUUUCCUUAUCUCAGUGUUAAGAACUUUCACUUUAAGUCUCUAUACAUACGUUGUCAUUCUCAUGACUAAAUAUUUUCUGCUCCUUUUAGUAUGGCGCUUUGGAACCUGUGGUUCUGUUAAAUUUCCCUUUGGUCACUCUGGUGGAAUCUUAAUGUUUACUUUGUUGUAAUUUUAAUACUUGGUUUUUGUAUAUUCUUUGUUUAAUAGUAAAUUGUACUAUCUUUUGAAUUUUACUUUCCACUACAUGUUUUAUCCUAUUUUGUGAUGUUCAUCUCAUUUAUUUCUACUAGUUGUAACCAUCGUAUUCACAGGGAUUUUCUGUUUAAUUACCAGGGUAUUUGUUAUGGUUCUGAUUUUGCUUUUUCCAUUUUACAGCUAAUAAUGUGUAAGUUUUAUCUUGAGUUUCUUAUUAUUUUAAUUAUAGCUGUUUAAAAAUUACAUAUUCAUUUUUCUCCCUAAGUUGGAUGCAAAGUCACAGUGUAGGGGAGGAAAUCUUAUUAUCUUAGGCAUUCUUUUAAACAUACUCCCUUCAGCCUCUCUCAUUCCUCAUUUCAAUUUUCUCUUUACUUGAAAUAAGAUUCUGACAUAUUUUAAGUCAUGUGACAAGAUCCGCUUUUGGACCAGAGGCUUCACUGUUCUCCAAUAGGAAAACCCACUACUGAGUUCCACCCACAAUCUCAUCACUGAACCAUUAACCUUCAACUCAUAUACCCCAAAUGCUGACUGCUACAUGGACUAUGUGACAUCUGGUUUGGUGUAGACAUAAAAACAUCAAUAAAGAUACAUCCAUCUACAUUUAUUAUGAAAACAGUAUAAAGAAACGAUUUACAAAAAAAAUUCCCUUAUCGUGCAAAUAGUUAUCAUUGUAAUAUUUUUCAGUAUAGAAGGACACACAAAUAUAAACAAAAUCUGUAAAAUAUAUUCUGACAAGUUUAUCCGUUAUAUCCACUGUAACAAACAAACACAUCAAACAAAUUUUUCCUGUUCAUUUAUGUAUACAUAAUACAUAUACAAAUGAAUGUGUGUAAAUGAUUUUUCUAAUUAGUAUUAUGAAAUGCCACUGAAUUUCUUCACUGAAUUUCUCAUAAUUUCUAGUGAUGCGUAUUUUUCAGCAAUCAAUCUAAUUGGCAAAUUUAUUAAAAGUUUUUUUUUACCUAGGCAUUUAAUUUAUUCAUAUUUGUGUAGUUUUAUGAAAAUUGAAGAAAUAUGAUGCAAGCAAACCCAAACAACUUGAGUAAGACUGAGAAAUAAUAAAUAAGGGAUUAAAACCCUUUGAUUGUGAAGACCUGAAUAAAUCUAAUGUCAAUAUCCAUUAUGGGACUCUUCCCAUGAUUAUCCUCCAACUUUCAGGCUAGUGUUUAUUAUAUUGUUCUUACAAAUGAAGUUAACAAUGGUCCCUCGCAAUUCAGGGUCAUAUUAUAGUUCAUCAUUAAACUUCUUUACUAAGAAAAAUAACCCACACGUCACUGGUUCUGUUGUUGAUAUCUUACACAGUAUUCAAAGUGUGGAGUACAUAGUACAGGAAAAAAUGUAUUUCUGUAUUACUGACAGUCUGUAUAUUAGAAAGAAUAUCACAAAGCAUCUUUUCAUUCAUCAGUACCAACAACCUAACUCUGGGUUUAACUUUGCAAACAAUCCUAACUCACUUAUUUUUAUUUCCUAUUUCCAGCCUCCCAUAAGUCCAGAUUUAUCACAGCCCUCACCUUCCCUUUAUCUGCAAUUUCUAAAAUCAAUUUUCCUAUCUUGUAUUUUCCCCAGUUGGUCAUCACUAAUGAAAGCAUCAGUCAUGGCUGAAAAACAGCAUAUAUUAUUACCAAAGUGAUCUAAGAGAAUAAUUACUCUUCCUUAGCUGCUACCUCCAUUUAUUGAAGUGAUACUCAUUGUGGGAUACAAUGCCUAAAUGAUUCUAAAUGUGAAAUGGUUACAGUACCUUGAUAAGACGAAUGUGGCUAGAUCUGUUUUGUGCAUGAGUAAAUACAGCUUUGUCUUAUUAGGUAGUCCGGACAGUAAGACAUAAUUAUCAAGUGGCAGAGUUGGAAUUCUAGCAGAGUUCUGAAGGGCACACUGCACACUCCCACCUCAUUCAUUCAUAACUGCCAUACAAACUGAAGUCCAUUUCUUUUGAAGUUCACUAGUAACUCCAUAAUUGAAAACCUCAGUGAUCCUUGCUUUCAUCUGCCUGCGAUUCAUAUUGAGUUCGGCACAAGAUCACCUCUCAUCUUCCAACUCCUGCUUCCAUUUCCAGGUUCACUUGCUUUUUUUCUUCCAUCUCUGAGACUUCUGUACCUACACAUCACCAAUAUAAACCCCACAUUAGAGUUGUCAUUAUGUUUUUAUUUCUUUAUCAUCAACAUUUAUUAAUCUCUAUUGUAAUAAAUUUCCCCAAAAUCUUAAUCAAUGCUAUUGAGAAAAAAAUCUUUUUCUAUUUUUAAUGAAAAUAAGUUUUUCUCAUAUAAUAUAUUUUGAUAAAGGUUUUCCCUCCAUCGACUCCUCCUAGUUUCUCCAUAUCUCCCAUCCCAUCCAAGUUAACUUCAUUUCAGUCUCUCAUUAGAAAAUAACAGGCUGCCAGGUGGUGGUGGCACACGCCUUUAAUCCCAGCACUCGGGAAGCAGAGGCAGGCAGAUCUCUGUGAGUUCGAGGCCAGCCUGGGCUACAGAGCGAGAUCCAGGAAAGCUGCAGAGCUACACAGAGAAACCAAAAAAAACCAAAAAACAAAAAACAAAAAAAACCCAAAAAAACCAGGCUGUUAAUGGAUAAUAAGAAAACAAGACAAAAUAUGAUAAAACAAUACCUAACACAUCAGAGUUGGAUAAGACCAAAAAAAAAAAAAAAAAAAAAAAACACAUAAGGAAAAGUGCCCAAGAGAGGAGAUAAGAAUCAGAGACCCUCUAGUUUGCACACUCAAUAACCCCAUAAAAAACAGUAAGCAAUUAUAUAUAAUCAGAGAAGCUGGUGCAGACCCAGGCAAGCCCUGUGCAUGUUGCCUUAGCCUCUGUGAGAUCAUGUGAGCCUUGACCAUGUAGAUUUAGAGGACCUUGUUUUCUUGGUAUCCUUUAUCCCCCUGGCUCUUGCACUCUUUCUAUACCCUCUUCCACAGGAUUCUGUGAAUCUUGAUGAAAGGGAUUUGAUGAAGACUUCACAUUCAGGGCUGAGUGUUCCAAGGUUUCUCAUGCUCAGCAUAAUGUCUGGCUGUGGGUCCCUACAUUUGCUCCCAUUUGAUGCAGGAGGAAGCUUCUCUGUUGAUUGAUGGAGAAGAUAGUAGAAUGUCAUUAGGAGUCAUUUUAUUACAACAUUUUUAAGAAAGUAGUAUUUGGUUUUACCCUAGGUCUCUGGCCUGUGUAGUCUCUAGUUUGUGGUCUCCACAGCAGUAUUGGGCCUUAAGUCUAAUCAGACAUUGACUGGUUACUUUCAAAAGUUUUGUGCACCAUUGCCCUGGCAUAUUUUGCAUGGAGAACAACAUUGUAGACCAAAAGUAUUCUGUCUGAGAGAAUGUUUAUAUUUCUCUUUUGGUUGUCUGUGGAGGACCUUCCUGUACCAAGAAACCAGAAUGUAGAAGUGAAGGCACUGUGUAGGCACUGGCUUGACUUCCUCCAUGUUCAAUGAGUUGUGUUGGUUUAUUCUCCAGUAAUGGGGCCUACAGGUCAGUUUGUAGAGAGCCAUGUAUAUAGUCUUGUCAAUAGUCUGCAUUGUUUAGAGAUUUCCAUGGGACUCUUUUGGCCAAAAACUCAAUUAAAUGCAACCCAUUUCUGGUAACAAAAGCUUCAUUUGGUGACAAGGGAUGGCCAGUUGGAACUCUAUUUCCUCCAUCAUUUGGAGAUUCCAUUUGGAAUGCCUUCAUACAUGUAUGUAUUUAAGGAAGCGUCUAUUGCAUCAGAUUUCAAUCCCUCAAAUGGCCCUUAAUUUAGCUGUCCCUUUAUUUCCUCCCUCAUCUGCUGCUUGUAGUCAGAUAGUUUCUCCAGCCCAGUCCAGCCCCGUAGUCUUCCAGCUGCUUAUAAAAUAGUCACACAGAGGUUUAAUAUUAUUUACAAACUGUGGAAUCUAUGGCAGGCUUCUCACUACCUAGCAAUUAUAUCUUAAAUUAACCCAUUUCUAUUAAUCUAUGUUUUGCCACAUUCUUUGGCUUUACCUGUGUCCCAUUACGUGACACUCCUUGGGCGGCUGGCUUGGUCUCUCAAGAAUCCGCCUUUUUCUUUCCUGUCUCUCUCCUUUCCUGCCUGCCUCUAAGCUGCCUUGCCAUAGGCCAAAGCAAAUUAUUUAUUAACCAAUGGGGACAACCUAUAUUCAUAGCAUACAGAAAGAUACCCUCCCCAGCAGCCUCUCCUCACUCCCUCCCUACUUGAUCUUCCUGCUCCAUCCCCCACAUCCAUCCCUAGCUAUCUGUUCUUUUACCCUUUCCUAGGAAGAUCCACCUGUCUGCCCUUAGUCCCUUACUCUAUGCCUAACUUCUGUGGUUAUAUGAAUUAUAGCUUGGUUAUCAUUGAUUUAAAAGCUAAUGCCCACAUGUAAGUGAAUACAUACCAUAUUUGUUUUCCUGAGUCUGGGCAACCUCUCAAAGGAUGAUUUUUUUUUUCAUACAUUUACUUGCAAUUUUACUUUUUAAUGGCUAGUUCUUAAAUUCAUAAGUACAUUUAUUUUUAUGUAAGCUAAUUACACCACAAGAAAUAUGUGAAAAUAUAUUUAUAUAAGAUGCAUUGCUUGAUUUCAAAUUCAUUUCAUUUAGUUCUCUCUGAUCCUCUUUCAAAUUUAGCAUUUCUGUUUUUGUUUGUGCUCUGAACUGCUUCCUCCAAUCCCCUUCACUGCCUUUUUGUUCUUCCCCCUUCUCUUCCUUCCUCCUCUUCCUCCAAUUCAUUCUCUUUUUUACUUUCUUCAGUUCCUUCCUCUUCCUCCUCCCCAUCAUCAACAAUCCUCCUUUUUCAUCUUCCUUCUGCACAUACUCCUUGUUAAACUAUUAUACUUCCACUAAGUUGUUCAGAAUUACUAUUUUGAGUAUUGUUGUUGACUGUCUUACUGCAAUGUUGUCUAUUCCUCAAAUAAUUUUAUUACCAAUGUGAUACAGAAGAUACCUAUAUAUAGACCUCAAACUCCCAAGUGAUGUAUUAUGUCAUGACACAUUUUGUAAUUACUGAACUAGCAUAACAUGAAUGCAUUUGAACUAAAUUCAUGAUUAUUUUGAUUAUCUUAUUUUUACCUAAUGUGCCUUUACUCUUCCAAGAUCCCAUCCAAAAUAGGUACACAUGCAGCUCACUCAGAUUUCCUCAGCUCAUUCAGAUUUCCUCAGCUUUCUCAAGGAUGUCAUCAUUUCUUCGCUCUUUUGUUUUUAUAUUCUUGACAGACUUGUAAAACAGAUUAGCUCUUUUGUUGCAUGUCCUUCACAUUGUGUUUCUGUGAAUUUUUUCUCAUGAUUUUUUCUGACAAUACCUGCAUUGGAAAGAAAAUCAGAGAUAAGGUGCCAUACACACUUAAUCAAAUCAGAGGUACCUUAGCCAAAUGACUUGUCACCUUGACCUCUGCCUGAAAAAUAUUGACAAAUGUGUUACUGUAAGUUAAAUAUUUCCCCCAAAUUUACUGCAGUAUUUGAAAUAAAAUCUUUCUCUACUGUCCAUA